AUGGUUGUGGACAAGCCCCCAGCAACUCCGCCAGAAGCAAGCAGUAAAUCUCGCUUGAUGUUAGCGCCCGGGCACCAGCACCGCAUUGAGAAUAGCGCCCACGGCAGACCAGGAGUACGACGCCGCAACGCCGAUAAUGUAGACCCGGUCACCAGCACCGUUGACGCGCUGUGCAGUGUCACUUCGUUGGUGCGCACUCGCUCUGUCCUGGUGCUAGCAGCGACGCAGGUGAAAACCACAAUUCGGUAUCGGCGACAUAUGGCCUAUGGCCAUGCCCUGACCCGGGAUCUCGUGGUACGAGGCCUGGUCGACUAG